GUGACUCCUAUAAUAUCGGGGGCAUAAUCGUAAAAGCACGGGCAUCCAUUUUGAGGCUGAGAUCGAAACACAGACGCUUAAAAGCUCUUUAAUACCCUCCAAGAGUCGGAGAAAUCCUCAGAAAUUCCAGAUCCGAUCAUCUACCUUGUCGAGAAUGGCUUCCACAGCUUUCAGCGGCGAUGAAACGGCACCGUUCUUCGGCUUUCUCGGCGCCGCCGCGGCCCUCGUCUUCUCCUGUAUGGGAGCAGCGUACGGGACGGCGAAGAGUGGAGUAGGAGUGGCGUCGAUGGGAGUUAUGAGGCCGGAGCUGGUCAUGAAGUCCAUCGUGCCGGUGGUUAUGGCUGGAGUGUUGGGCAUUUACGGCCUUAUCAUCGCUGUUAUUAUCAGUACCGGUAUUAACCCCAAGGCGAAAUCCUAUUACUUGUUUGAUGGCUACGCUCAUCUCUCAUCUGGUCUCGCUUGUGGCCUUGCUGGGCUCUCAGCUGGUAUGGCUAUCGGCAUUGUUGGUGAUGCUGGUGUUAGAGCCAAUGCCCAACAGCCAAAGCUUUUUGUUGGGAUGAUCCUCAUUCUCAUUUUUGCUGAAGCCCUUGCUCUGUAUGGUCUCAUUGUUGGUAUCAUUCUUUCCUCCCGAGCAGGUCAGUCAAGAGCUGACUAAUUAGCUGUGCUGGUUGGAUUUCUCGAUUGCCGCUAUUGAACAAGCUCUUGUUCUUGUAUAAGCUCUUCUUUCUUUUUGGAAGUAGUAUUGCUGAUUCUUGUUUGUUGUGAUCGAUGCCUACUGGAUUGGUAGUAUUUACGUACCGAAGGUAGAAAUUAGAGUUAGCAAAAUAGUUUUACUUCUGAAUAAAUUUUAAAUUUGUAUCCUUUGUCAAUUUUCAUCAGACUGGUCUGUACUGAGAAUUCAAAUUAUCAUUAAUUGUUCGAUAUUAUUUCUUGUAGCAUUAUGUUAUAUUCUUCAUAUUCUA